CUUUAGACGCACCGCCGUGUUGCUGUUAAUCGUUAAAGGAGGACAGUGAUAGUAGUCACCGGGGCAGUCGGAUGGCUCACCGCGGACAGUCCGGGGCCGGCUCUCAGAAGACCCUCAUGUUGGAGAUGAGGAAUCUGCAGGAAGAGCCAGUCGAGGGCUUCAGGAUCACUUUAGUGGACGAAGCGGAUUUAUACAACUGGGAAGUGGCAAUCUUCGGACCCCCAAACACUCACUACGAGGGCGGGUAUUUUAAGGCUCGUAUUAAAUUCCCGGUUGACUACCCCUACUCUCCACCAGCUUUCAGAUUCCUGACCAAGAUGUGGCAUCCCAACAUCUAUGAGAACGGCGACGUGUGCAUCUCCAUCCUCCACCCCCCCGUGGACGACCCUCAGAGCGGAGAGCUGGCUUCGGAGAGAUGGAACCCCACCCAGAACGUCAGGACCAUCCUGCUCAGCGUGAUCUCCCUCCUCAACGAGCCCAACACCUUCUCCCCGGCCAACGUGGACGCCUCCGUCAUGUAUAGGAAGUGGAGGGACAGCAAGGGGAAGGACCGGGAAUACGCGGAAAUUAUCAGGAAGCAGGUCCUGGCGACGAAGGCGGAGGCAGAGCGUGACGGGGUGAAGGUCCCCACCACGCUGGCAGAGUACUGCGUGCAGACGAAGGCGCCAGCGCUGGACGAGGGCUCGGAUCUCUUCUACGAUGACUAUUACGACGACGAGAUGGACGAGGACGAGGAGGACUGCUGCUAUGUGGAGGACGACUCUGGAACGGAGGAGUCGUGAUGCCGGACGCGCUUAGAAUAAAAAGAACAGACUGAAAUAGACAGACUCGUGCGCAAAAAAAAAAGCAACUUCUUUUUUUUUUUUAUUUUAAAAGGAAACGACAACUUUGGAUUUAAAAACACAAACCAUUUUUCUUACUUA